AUGGUAUGCAGUCGACUACAGUUCUUUAUUUUUCUCUUUUAUUUUUUCUUACCUUGUCAAACUCUUCGAUGUACUACUAAUUGUUCUUUUACAUACAAUCUUACACAACUAUUUGAUAUUCCUAAUCAAUGUGGUCAAAUUGUAUCAGCUGGCAAAUGUAUUGCAUCUGUUAAGUUUUCAUAUCAAACUCAGAAAUACACCGUUCAGAUUGAUGCUGAUCCAUCAACUUAUAUCUACCGUGCUGAAACUCGACGUUUUGCUUAUAUAAUCUUAUCACCGAUAAUACCAAUUUUCUUUUACUAUGACAUUCAUUAUUCGUGUCAAAAUACAGAUGAUUGUGCUCGAGAUUUGAUAAGAAAUGCAGCUAUCGAAAUUUUACAACGACAAUUUCAAAUAGGAGCAAUUGAAAAUGAACUUGCACCUUUAAUUUCAAGUCCACCUUCAAUAUCGAAAAAUCUUACACUCAAUUGUUAUGAUUCAAAAGAAAAUAUACUUCAAUGUAAUACAUCAAGAAAGCCAGGUUUUUGCCUUAUACAGCAUAAAAUUGAAACAAAUUCAAUAAAUCAUUCAUGUACUCAUGAAAAGUCGCAUAUCUCAGUAUAUAUUAUGACAUAUCUUUUGAUUAAUGAUUCUACAUUUGAUGUCGCGUGUAAUCGAUCAUUAUGUAAUAACAAUUCAACACUGCGAGAUGUCAAAGAACUUAUGUUUAAACACAAUGUUACAGUAACAUUAAGUGGACGAUUAAUGGAUAAUGAAAAGAUUGAAAUUAUUGGGAAUAAUGGAUCAAAAUGGAUUGAAUCAAUUAUACUUAUAACAAUGAUGAUUGUAGCUCUGGCUUUACAUAGCUAA